UAAAGUUUUUUUUUUCUGUGAUUAAUUUCGUGAUUAUCUUCGGUAUUUCAGAUAACAAUGAUGAUCGAAUUUAUGCGAGCAAUAUUCACGUUGCUUGUUGGACUGACAAAGUUCAUGGUUUCAAAUAAGAUGAUAAAGAUUUUUCCACCACCAGAACGACCAAUCGUAGAAGUUCGUCAAGGAAAACUUCGUGGAGUCACCUCAACGUUACCUAAUGGAUCGACAUAUCACUAUUUCAAAGGGAUCCCUUAUGCCAAGCCACCCGUAGGGGAGCUUCGAUUCCGUCCACCAGUUCCGAUUGAAAAGUUUUACAAACCCGUGGUGGACUGUUUGGUUGAUCGAAGCAUGUGCAUACAACCGCUGGGAAAAUUUAUCAUAGGAAAAGAAACAGGACUCUUUAUGAACAUAUUCUCGCCAGGAUUACCUGUUGAAGAGAAGAAGAACCCCAAGUACCCCGUUAUGGUGUGGAUCCAUGGAGGAGGAUUUAUCGGCGGAAGUGGAGAUAGCUUCGUAUAUGAUCCUGCCUAUUUGAUUCAGGAAGGAGUGGUUGUGGUAACGUUGAACUAUCGUCUUGGACCAUUGGGAUUCCUCAGUUUGCCUAGUGCUGGAAUAAUGGGAAAUGCAGGAUUGAAAGAUCAGUUACUGGUUUUCAAAUGGGUGAAAGAAAAUAUUGUAAGUUUUGGAGGGAAUCCUGACAAUGUGACUGUCUUUGGAGAAAGUGCUGGUAGUAUGUCGGCUUACUUGCACUAUUUGUCACCGAAUUCAAGAAAGUAUUUUCACAAAGUCAUAUGCCAAAGUGGAGUAGCAUGCUCCGAAUCGUUCUUCCAAAAAGAUGGAGCUGACAAGGCGCGAAAACUUGCAAUACAUUUUGGAUACGACGGAAAUGAUGACUCCAAAGUGCUGGAAACCCUUCUCAAAGCACCCGCGCACUUGCUAAUCAAGCAUCAAAAUGAAGUGGGAAGUGAACACGAGAAACGUCUAGCACUACAAAUGUUUUUCAGACCCGUAAUAGAAGAUGCCUUCUCUGACGAUAGCAUCAUCACAGAACCACCAGAGAAAAUUUUGAAAUCUUUCGACACAAUUAAGAUGCCAUUAAUUAAUGGAUGUACUGAUGGUGAAGGGAUUCUAGGAAUAAUGCUCAUACAGAAGCGUUUGAAGGAAUUCGAUCAAGAAUCAGAUCGGCUUGUUCCGCAACUUUUGGGAAACCUUCCAGAUUUGGAAAAACGGACGCUUGGAAAAGAAAUUCGGCAAUUCUACUUUGGUAAUAAGAAAAUCGACAAAAGCUCUCUCAACGAAUUGUGCAACGUUUUAUCGGAUAACAUUUUUAUCACCAACACAAAUGUAAGCACAGAGUGGAUAGCAAAAUACCAACCUAAUGUAAAACAAUAUCACUAUCGAUUUUGCUACGAUGGAAGACUGAGUUUUUCUAAGAAAAUUUUCAAUUUAAGUCAUGUUGCUGGAGCAAGUCAUGGUGAUGAUAUUUUCUAUCUAUUCAGGUCUAAAAUGCUACCUCAACUAGCAGAGACGAGUGACGAGUGCUACAUAAGGAAAACAAUGGUGCGGAUGUGGACAAACUUUGCUAAGUACAGUGAUCCAACGCCGGAUAGAGAUGAUCAGUUGUUGCCUUUUAAAUGGACUCCCGUUCGGCACAUAGAAAGAGAUUCUGUGAAUUUCGACCUUGACGCAUUGAAUAUUGAACUGCGAUCUGAAAUGGUAAGAAAUCCUUGCAAAGAGCGAAUGGGCCUUUGGAGAGGAUAUUUUAAGAAAUAUAGAAAGGAUUACCUGUAAUUAUUGUUGAAAAAUUGUGAAUAAACUGGGAUUACUC